AUGUCCUCUCAAAAUACUGACGACCCGCGAGAUUCCAGCGCGGAGGCUACUGUAACAUUCCCUGCAACGUGGCAAACCGAUGCUCCAGAUGGAUUCAACGCCACGAUCAUGUUCGGCACUGGCCUCAUCAUGAUCACCCGUAACAGAUUUCUCGCGUGGCCAUCUCUUCUCCUUGCCCUGAACGGUCUCAUUAACCAACACCCUCUUCGGACGAAAGAAGGCGGCAACAGCCCGAUCACCACCCUCAUCGUUGCAGCCACUGCCCUCGUCACUGCCUACCUCCCACUCAUAAUGAUUGGUCCCAAAAAAGCGCAGCCGAUGCCGAUCACAUAG